UUAAUCUCCCUCCUCAAUAUCCAUUUUGAUAUUCCAUUCAAACAGAUAGAUUCCAGAAGAAAAAACAGAGAAAAACAGAUAUGCAAUCUGCAAAAGAGAAGCUUAGUAACAUGGCCAGUGCUGCCAAAGAGCACCUCAACAUCUAUAAAGCCAAAGUUGAAGAAAAGGUAGAGAAAGCAGGGGCAAGAACAGAGGAGGAGAAGAAGAUAGUAGAAGAACGUAAAAAAGCAAAAGAAGCUGAGGCAAAAAUGGAGUUGCAUGAGGCCAAAGCAAAGCAUGCAGCUGAGAAAUUAGGAGCCAAGCAAUCCCACCUUUAUGACCAGGUCCCCCAUCGCCAUGGUCACCAUCCUCUGGGAACAUCAAAACCAAAGGUUGGAUCCAGUGUUCCAACAACUCCUUUAGGGAAGCACCCUCCGGGAACCUACCAAAUGUAGACAGCUGCUAAUCAUUUUCUCACAGUUUUACUUCUAUUUUUAAGUGCUAUAAUACAGUUUUGAUAUAUAUAUAACAAGGCAUUUACAAGCAAAACACAUUUCUGGCAGUCUCUAUAAAAAUAGGAUAUACCAAUUUGAUUGGUAUUCUGAUAUAUGCUUGUCCACGAUAUUCUGGUAGGACCUAUCCAUCACAUCCUGAUAUUAAAAUGAUUAUAUAAAUAUAUAUGUAGUUUUGUU